UCCAGUAACAAUCAAACAGGAAUGAACAAGUCGGUCCGGUCGGUUCAUGGCAAUUGGCAUGGUGGAAACCAUGAUAGAAGGUGGAAACAUUACACUUCCACCAUGGAAGGAAUACACCGAGUGACCAUGGACGAAGUCGACAACGCCCAGAUAAUUGUUAUAGCAGAUGAUGUUUGCAGGAGGGCAGGCAUCGCGACCACCUGGAUCAGCAGCAACAGAUUCGGGAUACAUGCGUAUAAACACGUGAACCAAUAUUCGCAAGAUACCAAGAGUCAGUUUGCACCUUGCGAUGCCAAAGUGCAUUUCCUCCGACCGGAAGUCAUAUUGUUCUCGCCACUUUUGCGUAAACUGGUUAACGAGAGCAAUGGUAUCUUCCUGUCGGUUCAGAAGCUCAAGUCCUCCUCCUCUGGCGACAUCAGGCCGGAGCUUCUUAAGAACAGCAAACAAUAUCGAUCUAUAUUGCGAGCCUGUGUUGAAAACUUGCAAGAGAUACUGCCAAAGGAGCCGCUGUCGGAAGAGAAGACGAUGCUGGAGAAUUUUCUCACUAUAUUUUACCAAGUGGAAUGCGUCUGGCACUUGACGGAAAUUCUCUACGUUGACGUUGUGCCAGGCGAUGUUGUGCUGCCACAGUUGCUGGAGUGGAUCAGCUUUCAUUUUCCCUCGAGGGAGCUGGCGGCGGCGAAGAUUUUGUCGCAGAAAACUAUCUGCGCCGAUCUGGAGAAUCUGAAUUAUUGGGAGGCCGUGAUGGGCUGCGCGUUCCACGGCAAAUUGAAUCUGGUUUGCCGCCUGCUGGCGUUGCACAGCAAAACGGACCAUUCGGCGUUUGUUACCGCGGACAAUAUUAUCAGAACGAUGCCGGUGUACAAUGUGUACGGCGGAUAUUCCGUGAACGAAUUUAUUAUGCGGUGGAAGCACUGGCAGAUGGAUCUGUGCUCGAAUCUGGAGACCAACUGCUUCGUUAUAGACAGCAAUCUGGAGAUGCUUAUGAAGUUGAUAGCAGGAGACGAGGAGGUGUUAUGGGAAUAUUCCAUGUACACGGAGGCGUGGUACGAAUUACUGGCAGCAAAAUUAUUUUACUCAGUUCCCUGCUGCAAGCAGAUGGAGCUUUCGCGCUACGCAAACAGCAUUGCCGAGAGAUGGCAAGCCAACAGGCACUUGGACCGUGUGAUCCUCGCUCUGAUGGAGAACGAUUUGUAUCAAGUUGUCAAAGAGAUACAGUAUAUGAGCGACAACGGCUGGUUCGCCGCCCACCUGAUGGAUCUGUUGUACAAAUGCGGAAAAUUGAACAUUCUCAGCAAGGAGAAGACCAACGUGACCGCGCAGCUUCACGAAUCUCUCGUAUUGGAGUACGGCACCACGCUGAUGAGCCAUCGCUCGUUGUGGCAGUGCGGCGCGAGCUACCUGAUGCAUUGCCCCACGCAGGGCUUGGCCAGACUGGAGAUUCUGUUGCAGUCGCUACCCACAGGCACGGAGGCGAGGAUUAACAAGAUCAUCGACGUCGCGCGGGACAACAAUAUGCCGCACGUUGUUACUAGCAUAUGCAAGAUCCAAGGGAUGAGGAGCAUAAGACAAGGCAGACUGGGCAACGCUCUCACGUGGGCGCUCAAGGCGCACGACGGCAACUUUACCACGUACAUCGCGGACCAAUUCUUGAAGCAUUACGCGCAGUACGGGGAAUUGGAGUGUCGCGACUUGCUGGAGAACCUGGGCUCCUGCAUGCUGGCCAGCGACAGGCUCACGUUUUUAGGAAAGUAUUGCGAGUUUCACCAUAUGUACGGAAUGGGCGAGUUUCGCGAAGCGGCGAGUCUACUGGUGUCCCUUCUAGUCUCGAAUUUGACGCCAAAGUAUUUCUGGUCCAUUCUGCUCACGGACGCUAUACCGCUGUUGGAAGCGGAGGACGUGAUCUUUUCCUCAAACGACUGCUACGAGUUGCUACGCUGCGUCGAGGCUCACGGCGACGAUCCGAAAUUUCAAGACAAGGUUUCCAUCUUCCGAAUAGGCGUCGCACGAAAUCUAGCGCGAGCUUUAAGCUUGGAGGGCUGUCAGGCCGAACAUUGACUCGAUCGCUAUUGUAAUGUCCGUUCUCUCUUGUAUAAAGUGAAAUACCGGUAUCUUCUUUUAAUAAAUUGUAAUUACCUUUCUAAAUAUAUUUUUUAAUUAUAUGAA